GUCCAAGUGAAUAACGACGUCGAAUCAAACGCGAGCGAUGGUUUUGGACCAAACGAUUCGUCGUUAUACCUGAGGCGACCUUCGUCGAGAAGUGACUCGGACGAUCGCAAGGCUCACACAUGGUGUUUCAACGACGUCUCAGUUUAUGUACGGCCUUCAUCAAGAAAAGAUUGCUAGCGCGCGCGCGCGCGUGCGCUCACGUAUAUCUGCACCUACGCGACGUUCGUUCAAACAGUUCUCGACCGCGUAGCUUCGCUUUUCUACAAUUCACCGAUCGUCUUGAAUCCUGCAAUACUCUGAAACGAGUAUAUUUCUCUGAAACAAGAUUAUGGAGGACGAAGGAGAUUGGCUUAUCGAUACCUCUAACGGCGUGUUUCAAAGUCAUUACAUUCUUGGCGAGAUAAUCGGCAGAGGUUCCAUUUCCACGAUACAUAGUUGUCUUUACAAAGGACGAAAAAAAUAUGCCUGCAAGAUAAUACCGAAGUCGCGCAUGAUAAAGGAAGAAACGCGAGCGAGAAUUAAGACUCUUCUAAAGAUUCAUCAUGAAAACAUCGUGACGGUGAGGGAGAUCUACGAGGACACUCGUCGCCUCUACAUGGUAGGGGAUUUGGCGUCCGGUGGAGAAUUGCUUGAACGGCUCGCAUCUCGCAAAGAAUAUUCAGAGAGGGAUGCUGCGAAAGCAGCAAGAGAUGCACUGGCUGCACUUGAGUAUAUUCACGGGAUGGGAGUUUGUCACGGAAGUGUACGUCCUGAAAAAUUCCUUUACGCCACCGAACACGAGAAUUCUCGCCUACUUCUCACCAGCAUAGGAAUAUCAAAGUUUUUGCCAAACAGCUACAACAUAUUGUAUUGCGCACCGGAAGUCAUAAAUACCGGCAUUAUUUGCCCUGCGGCUGACAUAUGGAGUCUCGGAGUUGUUAUUUACAUUAUGUUGUGCGGUUUUGAGCCAACUCGGGAAGCUCGGGAAACUUUAUUUCCAUCUCCCUACUGGGAUGACAAGACGGAUGAAGCGAAAGAUCUAAUCACUGAGCUUAUGCAGGAGUGUCCAGAGAAGAGACCUACGGCAAGGGAUCUUUUAAAUAAUGUUUGGAUCUCCGGAGAAACAAAUGCAGAACACUCGAUGACUGAUGCAGUCAAACAUCUUCGACAAUUCAACGCUCGUAGAAAAUUUAAGGCCGCAACACAUGCCGUGAGAGCUACGCAUCGCGCAAUUGCACUUUCGCAUUUCCAUCAAGAAAUAACCCAAACAGCAAAAUGACUUCAAUUUGCGGUGACUUGGAGUUCGACAUAAAAAAUCAAUUGAAAUUAUCACUGAGCUCAAUGAAAUGGCAAGUUGAGAAAAUCCCUUUCGAAGAGGCUCGAUUCCAAAGAAAUAACGAGCUCUGUAAUCUCACAUUCUCCUGCAGUUCGCGACACAACGAGAUAAUAGUUACCUCGACUCACAGCUGGCAGCACCCUAGAUGUUCCGCCAGUACGUCAGAUUUGCGCGGCAUCGGACACACGUGGAUACCUCAUCUAUUUAUCUUCAGUCAACAAGACUGUUUUGAUGAACUUUUGAUCUUGGUCUCGCCCAGUUUUACUGCGCCAUCUCUGAACUAUUCCACGAAACAGCAAUAUAAAAUCAAUGUGCAGCUAUACCAAUUGAGAAAUAUCGUCGACAAAUAACUGUGUCCGUAAAGACAAGAAAUAUUAUUGUUUUAGGACCCUCACUUUUCUGAAAUAUAUUUGUACAUUGCGUA